CGGAGAUCAGACCUUGUUAAACAUCAAUCAGUCCACACCGGAGAGAGACCCCAUAAAUGCUUAGACUGUGGGAAAGGUUUCAUACAGAGGUCAAUCCUACUUAAUCAUCAGGCAGUCCACACUGGAAAGAGACCUCAUAAGUGCCUAGACUGUGGGAAAAGUUUCAUACGGAGGUCAGACCUUGUUAAACAUCAAGCAGUCCACACUGGAGAGAGAUCCCAUAAGUGCUUAGACUGUGGGAAAAGUUUCAUAUGGAGGUCAACCCUUGUUAAACAUCAGAUAAUCCACACAGGAGAGAAAUCCUAUAAAUGUUUGGACUGUGGGAAAAGUUUCACACAAAGAUCAUAUCUUAUGACUCAUCAGGCAAUCCACACUGGAGAGAGACCCCACAAGUGCUUAGACUGUGGGAAAAGUUUCACACAAAAAUCAAAUCUUAUGGCACAUCAGGUAAUCCACACAGGAGACAGACCCCACAAGUGCUUAGACUGCGGAAAAAGUUUCAGACAGAGGUCACACCUUGUUGUACAUCAGGUAGUCCACACUGGAGAGAGACCCCAUAAGUGCUUAGACUGUGGAAAAAGUUUCACACGGAGGUCCGGCCUAGUUAAACAUCAAGCAAUCCAUACAAGAGGGAAAUAACACUUAGAUUAAACUUGGGUGUAAUAAUGUCAUUGUAUAUCUCUCUCUCUUUAAAGUUUGUGGUAAACUGUCUAUGAAUGGCUUUAUGGAUAAUUACCUUAUGUUAACCCAUAUAGCUUUAUUACCUGUGGUGUUUGCGAAAUAGGUUACUUCCAAAACCUAUUGUUCACUCAAAGGCUGCCUGCUGUCGAGAGGCUGCAAAAAUGUGUGUAUAAACUCUUGAGGCCUGAUCCUUUUAUCUCCAAUCUUCUUAAGCUUUAUUCAGGGGGCAUUUGAGUCGUAAGACUGAGAUCUCCAGUCCCCUCUGCAUUGCCCUGAUAUUGAACAUUUGGACAUUGGACUAGAAUGUGAUGAAAUGAUUCUGAAAAAGACUCUUUUCAAUUCUAACGCACCAUCUCUGUGGUGAAACUGACCUAAGGUCUCUGUUCGCGUUUAUAUAUCUAAUGACCUUUGAGCCAAUACUGUCUUUUCUUCUUUUAAUAAAUUGUAGUUUUGUUAACAAGAA